AUGAGCCUGGUUCCCUGGGUUCAAGUCUACAAAACACUGUUUCAGCCUCAGAGAAGGCAAACUCUCGUCGAGAGAGUCCAAGGAAGUGGAAAGAUUGACUAUACCCUCUCUGCAAGUUACAGAGUGCAUGUUGACGCACAUGAGUGGUCACGAAGCCGAGUAUAUGUCGAGGACAUGAAAACGGCGGUGAAAAAGGAUGGCAUGUCAGAGUGGAAGCGCUACAUUUCGAACGAGUGUAGCAAAAGCCACCGCCGAUUCACAGAUCCAGCUACUAAGAUGGUGUUUGUUGAUGUCAACGACGGCGAGGAGGGAAUGCAAAUGCCUCGUAUGUGA